CAACCAGUCCUCGUCUUCCUCUUCCUGCGGAUUUCUUUGUUCUCAUUUAAGCCAAUCAAAUGCUCACUGUCAUUCAGAUUGACCAAUGAACAAUAAGCAUUGCGUUCUGUGGAUAAAGUGUGGGAAAUUCAAACGAAGACAACGGUUUCAUGUUCUUGUGUUCCAUCGACUUUUUGAGUUUUGGAAAGUCUUUGUUUUGUUUAUUACUUAUUAGUUUAUUUUACAAUUGUUAAAUAUGUUUGAUACUCCAAUAAAAUUUUGCCAAUCAGCUGUCAAUACUACAACGCCGAGAAUGCAAAGGCGGACGAAUUAUGAAACUUCCAAGCCAACGGAAAACAUACAUCGAACUCCAACAUCAUCUUCUCGAAUGAAAACACCUUCAAAAACACCUGGUUCUUGCCCAAGGACUCCAAAGACGAGAACACCUUGCAAAUAUGCAACAAGUGCAGACAGGUUUAUUGCGAACCGGAUGAAGACAGACUUGGAUCAAGCACAUUUCAAACUGUUGCAUGAAUCUGAAAGUGACAACGCCAGUCCUUCCAAACUGGCAGAGGAGAAGCUAUUCAAAGAAAAUCUCAGACCGGGCAGUUCAACCUCAAAGAUAUUGUCUUUCAAUGUUAAAAUACCUGGAACAAAUGCAGGUUUGAACGCAAGACAGCAAUAUUCUUCAAGUUUAACGCCAAAUCCAAAGAAACCGAAGAGUCGAAAUAUUCCUCAAGCGCCUGAACGGAUACUUGAUGCGCCGGAUUACGUAAACGACUAUUAUUUGAAUCUAUUGGAUUGGGGUAACAGUAGCUUGCUGGCUGUGGCCCUUUCUCAGAGUGUCUACAUAUGGGAUUCAAAAACAGGCAAAAUUGUUCAUUUAUGCCAACUUGAAUCUGCCAACGAUUAUGUAUCAUCGCUGAAAUGGGAGAAAAACAAUGGUUAUCUUGCAGUGGGUACCAGCGAUAGUCACGUUGAAUUAUGGGAUAUUGAAAGGACAAAGAGACUUCGACAGCUGCAUGGACAUAUUUCAAGGGUUGGUUCCUUGUCGUGGAACUCGCACUUACUUUCAAGUGGUUGCCGCAGUGGUACUAUCCAUCAGCAUGACGUUAGAAUACCCCAGCACCACGUGGGUAGCCUUGCAAAACACACACAAGAGGUGUGUGGCCUGGAAUGGUCACCUGAUGGCAAAUACCUUGCAAGUGGUGGGAACGACAACGUCGUGAACAUAUGGGAUGCUACGAUGCUCCGUACCAGAGACCCAAUGCACUGCCUGGCACGACAUACGGCUGGGGUUAAGGCGUUGGCUUGGUGUCCUUGGCAGUCAUCUUUGUUAGCAAGUGGUGGCGGAUCAGCUGAUCGGUGCAUUCGAUUUUGGAAUGUCAACACAGGCGAAUGUGUAAAUACUCUCGAUACAAAAUCUCAGAUUUGCGGGUUAAUUUGGUCAAAACGUUACAAGGAGAUAGUCAGCGGUCAUGGUUAUUCUCAGAAUCAAUUGACUGUGUGGAAAUAUCCUUCCCUGAAACGAACAGCUGAUCUCACUGGACACACCGGUCGAAUUCUACAACUAACUAUGAGUCCAGAUGAAACAUAUGUAAUGUCGGCUGCAGCUGAUGAAACUUUGAGACUGUGGAAACUGUUUCCCCCAAAUGAGACGAAAAAAGAGGUUUCGUCAAAGGACAAUGAGUCUUUGUCUGUCUUUAAAUUUCGGUAGCCCUGUAGAAUUUCAUGCGUGAAUUAAUGAAUUAAUGACAUCAGAGUCGUGCCUUAGGUAAAGGGAGACAUCAAAGUCUUUAAGUUGGGUGUACACUGUCAGAUUUAUCAAAUACGAUGGCGUCUUAGUUGGAAGAUGUACGAAAACUUUCUUACCCAUGCUCUCUUCACAUUGUCAUGCUUUGAAUAUAGCGCAAUCUAUUCUGACUUGACAGGUGCUUACCGUAUUAUUUGAAUUCGAUGAAAUCUGGCCAGGUAAACACGGCUUAACAUUAAGUCUAGUUAAUACUCUGCAAAAUUAGGUCUUUGCAAAAUUUAGACAUAAGCUUUAGGGGCAUAGCAUAAUAAAGCUUAUGGCUAAAUUUUGUUCAUGCUCCCAUCUUGUGUUUAAAUUCACAGGAUAUUUCUCCUAGCUAAAGGAAAAGGUUCUGCGCACUUCUUUAGUCUAUCCUUCCUGCAGUGUUUAUUUCGUACACCUCUGACAGUGGCAUGAUCAUAGCCCAUUUCACUAAUACGCUGCAGUAUAGGAGUGCAAAGGAUCUUCUACCAAUCAUCGUUUUAGAGGUAGUUUAAGAAAAGCUGUCGUUACAAUGCUCAGUGGAGUGUUUGAAAAUAAACUUUUAACAAAUUUGUUAACAUUUGAUAAAUUUGACUCUUUUGGUGCUUUUUCUAAUAAAUUUUUAAAUUCAUUAAGGGCUCAUAUCAGAUAUCAGCAUUAUACAAUCUCCUUGCCCUUUCCCACGUUCAAAAGCGUCAGUCGGCCUUACACCACCGAUCUAGUCUCACUGACAUACAUCCUGCUAUUACAUUGUCACAGCCUCCUGAAAAGGCAUAAUCCAGCUUUGAUGGCGAACCUUUACACUGGCACUUUUAGUAGCAGAAUGCGAAUACAUUUGUGUUUUUAACAUGAAGUCAUCUAUCAAGCCUUUUGUACGUUAAUUCCUUCUUGUCAGAUAUGCAGUUCCAAUUUGUAAUACUAUUGCAAAUUAUUACUAUUACAAUUAAAUAGUGGAUUUACAAAUCUGUGUUUCAAAGAUAUCUUGUGUUUCAUUUUGGAUUGCUUAAUGCUAUUCCCAUUUAGCUAUAGGAAUAAGAUUUAGAGCGUGUCAGCGUAUCUUGAGUGAAAUUUGAAAACCGAGAGAUUUUAUUAUUGUAGGUAAAGCCAUCUGUAUUGGUUGAAUCAGCAACAUGUAAUCGUUUCAACCUGUCAAUUAUUGCUUAAUACUUGACUUUCAAGAAAGAUUUCUUGGAAAAAAUUAGCUUCAUGCAGCUAUGGGCUCUGAUCGUGGCAGCCCACCUCGUGGUCUUAAUAAACGAGCAAUACAUAGUAACAGCAGCGAAGCAGACAAAAUUAGCCAGCAAUAAGGGUCUGGAAGCAGCAAACAAUCAACUGUCUAGACUUUGUACAAUGUUGGAGACUCUGUAAGACACAAUUAAAUCGAACUUAGAAAGAAUCAUACCUGGAGCUAGAGAUAAUAUUCUCAAAAAAACCUUGAAAAAUAGAAAAAUGUUCGAAAUUUUAUGAUGAACUGGGUGAUUGAGAUUGGGUAGCCAAUUGCCCCCCAGUCACUGUAUCCUUGAAUCCUGCAAAUGACUUCACCCAAAUAAUAUUGUAAAGGGACGUUUUGAGAGUAUCCAGAUUGAGCCCUCUCAUAUGCUGCAAUCGCUAGCAACUUUGUAACAGGGCUUCCUCAAAAUAGUGGAACUAUCAGCCAUCAUCAACUUCAACCUAGUAAUUAUUUACGCUAUUGCAUCAGAAACUGGAAUUAGUAGCUGAUAGCCGUCCUGAUGUAUGCACCGAAAGAUUGUACAGGCCUGCCUAUACGGCAUCGAACAAUUUAUGACAGACCGGUAGGUAAACAGUAAUUUCCAUUGCCAGUAAAUAUUAUCCGCCAUUUGUUUCGAAACUAGGAAGUCCAAUACGACGAUUUUAAAUUCUUUUAAAAAUAGUGAAAAUUUUAAAAACUUCAUACAUCAGUAGUGUAUGUAAUAAAGAUAUUAUAACAAGCUACAGCUUUCGUAGCAUAACUUUUCGUAAUUUUCAGUGAAAAAAUGCCUUUCUUGCAGUCCUCUAGAUAAAGACAUUAUUCCUUAUUUUUGAUAAAAGGAUUGUUAAACAGAGGUAUAUAUCGUUAGAAUGUUACAUAGAUACUUUUUUGACACAAUGCAGUUUACAACCUAAAAACAAUGUCGCUGUUGUAUCGACAAGUGGAAGGGAGGGUGCUCAGGCCCCGUUAGCAGACAGAGUGGGAGAUUCAUCUUUCAAAUGCUGAGAAGCUUGCCAACGAAGCAUCCCCGAAAAGCUCCUCGUUUUUGCAACGGAAUGUUUCCAAGGGGGUGUCACCCCUCCCCCUUCCAUCAGACACAUGCACGACCCACGGUAAGAGCAGCCCAGCCAUGUAUGUAGCCAUUUCAUUCAAGGCCUUCAAGCAUUUUCCUUGUUUUGUUGCAAGUGUUGGAAAACUGGUAUAUACUAUUUUGAAGGCAGCCAAUCUCAAAAAUACUUAUCCAAAACAUGCACAUUUAAAAAUUUUUCAUUCAAUUGAAAUAAAGAAAACUUAUAAAAUCAUUGCUGAUCUAAGGCAUGUUUCAUAAAGUUAGAUUUCUAAAUAAGUUUUGAAAGUUCCAUUUUUGCGAAAUAACGCAAUAAAAAGGCGGAAAGUUUUUGCAUAGGAAAUUAAAGGAGAAACAAAAAAAUUACUUCGGAUUUCUUUUGCAUUUUCAUUCAAAAUUUGGAUUAUCUUAGCAAACAACGUAACAAGAAAAUUAGAUUGCCCAAUGCUGAAAUAGCGAAUUCAUUAAGAUGAUGGUCAGCAAAUAUGUUUUCGAUAUUUGCAUUUGAAAAUGAAGGAUUUAGUACUGUUAUGCCAGCUGCCUGGGAAAGCAAUGUUACGUAGACAUUUUAUGACUGCUUUAUUUAUAUUUAAAAUCAUCAUUCCGUUGCUAUAGAUUCUUAACUCGAACAUAAAUUAGUCUUUUAAUAAUCAAAGGG